AGGAUGACUAACCGGAAGUAGAAAUUCGCCAUUUCUGCGAUUGGUCAGUUUCCUGUGUAUAAAAAAAGUUAAUUGUUGUCCUUUCUUGGCCAAUUUUUGUAAUAAAUUCUAAUAAAUCGGCAUUAAAAUUUUAAAUGAGCUAAACAGUUAAUCCUAAAGGUAGGAAGAAGACAUGCAUUGACUUAUUUUUAACUGCUGGAGCUUUUAAUAUAUAAUAGCUGGUUUAUUUACUGUGAUUACCUAUUGAUACAGAACAUAGUGCUUCAAAAUGCCAAUGAGGAGGACAUUGAAAAAUGUAGUGAAGAACUACACUGAUGCUCAAGUUAAAGUACGAGAAGCUACAUCCAAUGAUCCCUGGGGUCCAUCUAGUACUCUGAUGACAGAAAUUGCUGAUCUGACAUACAAUGUUGUAGCAUUUACAGAAAUUAUGCAAAUGUUGUGGAAGAGAUUAAACGAUCAUGGCAAAAAUUGGCGGCAUGUUUAUAAAUCUUUAGCGGUGCUUGAUUACAUCAUUAAAACAGGAAGUGAAAAAGUGGCUCAACAAUGCAAAGAAAAUAUCUUUGCUAUACAGACACUAAAAGACUUCCAAUAUACUGAGGACAAUAAGGAUCAGGGCAUUAAUGUGAGAGAGAAAGCAAAACAGUUAGUCCAGUUGCUGAAAGAUGAUGAGAGGUUAAGAAAUGAGAGGGCAAAAGCUCUCAAAGCCAAAGAAAGAUUUGCACAGAAUUCUCAAGGAGUUGGGAGCCAGCCAUCUCGAAGUGCAAGUGCUGAGAGUCCAACAUUUCAGAGUGGAUCUGGUGGGUAUUCUGAUUCUGCUCUAGAUGGUUAUGAUACUGGAAAUUCACCAGUACGAAGAAGGCGGCACUCGAAUGAAAUGGAGGCGGUACGUCCCUCCUCUAUAGGGGAGGAGGAGCUACAGUUACAGUUAGCUCUGGCAAUGAGUAGAGAAGAGCAUGAAGAAGAAGUUAGAAAACAGAAAUCAGAUGAUAUAAAGCUGCAACUAGCGCUGGACGAAAGUCGCAGGCAACAAGAGGAAGAGGAGCGGAAUAAAGGUACAGGUCAAAUGACAUUAGCUGGACUUGCAGACCAGUCAAAGCAGAGACAGCAGUCUGAUCCCUGGGGAGCCCCAACCAGUAAACCACCCAGUGACCCAUGGGGAGCCCCUUUACCAGCACCACCAAGUUCUCAUAAACAUCAUGCUCCUCCACCAGCAAAUGAUCCCUGGGCAUCACCAGCUCACCAGCCUUCCCAGCCUCCACCACAACCACAGGCUGACCCAUGGUCUUCUCCUGCUAUGUCCAGUCCAGCACAACAAAAACCUGCAGGUGAUCCAUGGGGUACACCAUCAUCUCAACAAGGAGCUUGGGAUGCUCCUCUAGCUACUGGUGGAUCACCUUAUGAUCCCUUCCAGUCAAACGGGACAUCAAAUGGCAUGGGAAAUAAUCUAGAUGAUGACUUUGAUGUACUCAGCUCUCGAAUGUCACCAGCCAAGACAACAGAAACUACGGGUCAGAAUUUAGACAUGUUUGAUCCUUUGGCAGAGAAAGAAACAACUAUUGAUCCCUGGAACUUGUCUGGUAUGCAGUCAUCUAUAGCCAACGAGCAGCCAAAAAGAAAUAAAACUCCACAAGAAUUUCUCGGCACACAUUCUGGCCUGGUUAAUCUUGAUGAACUUGUUAAAUCAGAUCAGAAUAGUAAAAAAGCCAAUAAUCCUUUUGCUACUGCACCAUCUACGAACCCAUUUGAACAACAAGCCCCAGUUCGUAUACCCAUGAGUCAGUUACAGGCUAACACAUACAAUAGUGGGUUUACUCAACCCAGUAGUGCCGGGCUUUUACCUGCACCAUUGAUGCCAAUGGCCACACCCAUGCAACAACAACAACAGAGUUCAAACCCCUUUUUGUGAGGUUAUGCUGGAACAAGAACAUCACUUGAUCUGAACUUUUUACUGACAUGAAAAAUAAAAUGUUCAACAAAAUAAUUGCAGUUAACAAUGUCAACAUGCUGGUCCAUUUCAUGAAAAAUGGCAUUUGUGGAAAAAAACAACAUACUAUAUUGAUAGAUCAGAUACAUUUAGAGAAAUUUGUAUACUUCAGUAUGUAAAAUAACUCUAUGUCAUACUUUAAUUACCUCAUAUCUCAUACCCUUGAUUUUUUAUUUCUUACUAUGAACUUCCACAUCUGACUAUUUCAUUUCUUUUUCUUUUUUUUACUCUUUGCACAAUAAUAUUUCUUAAAAGUGAAUUAGUUAACUAUGAGAAAUACCAGUCAUGUAUUUAUAUAACAAAUCAUAACUUUCAUGUCUGAGAAUUGAAAGUAAUAUCAUUUUUGGGCCUUAAUGGGCCUUUAAUGCAGAUUACAAUAAUUAUUUAUUUAUUGUAUGUUGGCAGAAUUGGCUAGAUAACAACACUAGUCAAUGUCUGAAUUUCUAUAAUGAUAAUAGAAAGAACUGGUGAUUGGUGGAUUAUAAAUCACCAAUAAUUGAUAUAGAGAACAUUGUUGAACAAGCUGCUGUCCUUGUAGAAGAAUUCUUUAUGUAGGAUGAAACCAUUUAAUUAAGUGAUCAUUUAAGAGUAAAUGAGAAAUGUGAUAUUUUUGUACUAAAUGUAGAUUCAUACACAAUGUCUAGAGGUGUUGUUUAAUGUAUUCAUAUUUGAAUUAGUUAAUUUUUAAAAUUAUUUUUAUGUUUUACUUUAGACUAAUUAGUGAAUGGGGGAGUUUAAAUUUGUCUAAAUAACUAAUAUGUUAUUGUUUUUAUGAGGAAUAUUUAAUCAUUAUUUGAAGAGAGCUAUGUUACAAUGUAUAAAUGUAGCAGCAAAGUAACUUAUAGGUCUGAUUGAUAAAAUGGUGCAAUUUUUUACACAGUAAAAGUAUAAAUACAACAACAUUGAAUAAUGUAAAUGAUAACAUGUUUUGUAAAAUGAAAGAAGAUGGACACUACAGUGAUGAUGAUCUGUCGUCAGUAUUCUACAGAUUUGGUUGGAAAGUUCAUUUUCUUGAGAAUUUUACAUGUUUAGAAACAUUAAUUGAUAGUAGAUGGAUUUGUGUUGUUAGGAAUUGUAAGAUUAUAUGUUGCUGCUAUCAGCAGUUCAAGUUGGAAAUCAUCCAUGUCAGGAGUACACAGUAUAAAUCCUGGUCAAACUGGACAUGAUAGUCUAUCUUUAUAUAGUUUAAAUCCUGGUCUAUACUGUACAAAUAAGUUUUUAAAAAGUGAAACACCACAAACAUAAGUAAAACAAGUUUAUAUGCUGGGUUGGGGGCUGAAUUUUUAUAUUUACAUUUAUAUAUUAUACAGGAAAAUUGUGCGAAUGUUGUUGUUAUAUUUGUAUUGAAUUGUGUGUAUUACUGUGAUAUUAAGCUUAAACUGUGGCACCUGUAUCAAAAAUAUAUCAUUGCCUUAAAACUUUAUAAAUCUUUAAAGGUCUGCAUAAAAAAAGCUCCUGUACUUGAAUUAUAAAAUUUAUGAUUUUUGAAAGAAGUUGUUGAUUUUAACAGUUAUUAUUUCAAAAGGAACAUGUUUUCCGAUUUAAAAGUUAACUUGAAAGAAAUGGUGCCAUUGUUUUUUAUGAAUAUAUGUGUACAAUUUUUAUCAAUUGCUUUAAUGUAAAGGCUACUCAACUAAGAAAAAAUGUAAGGCUUGUAUCUCCAUUCUAUAUAUUGAUAUACAAACAGAAAAGUUGUUAGAUAACCAAUCAAUAUGGCUAAUACUUCAUUCAAUAUUUAUACAAAAACUGUGAGGGCGGAAAAAGUUAAUUGUUAGAUCUCAAUCAAAACUUACGUAAUUUAAUUUUUGCAAUUUGCAUUAAAAUGUACAUGUAUUUAUUUGGUAUCCUUAAAUGUGUAUAAUAGGUUGUUUAACUGUGCACUCUCAAAAUGCCUUACUUAAAACAAUAAUUGAUGUUCUCGUCAGCUUUGUAACGUAAAGUAAGGUUUCAAUUAAUGUGUUCACUUUACUUAUUUUGUGUGUCCGCUGUUUUAGGAUGCCAUAAUGGGUAGUCUUAGUCAAAUAAAAGCUUUCAAUAUGGCUUCCCUUUUUCUACUUCUUUAGCCACAAACAUGUAAUUAAUGUAUUUAUACUGCAACAAGUUUAUAGAUGGAUAUUUUUCGAGACUAGGCUAUAUCUGAUAGUGAAGAAUGCAUUAAAAAAUAUCAUAAACAUUCUAAUCAUCUAUGUUGUUCAUAUUUUUUAAAUGUACAGAAUGUAAUCGUCCCGAGUUUUCCAGGUUGGGGGUUAUAUAUUAUGAUUUUUUAUUUGAUUGAAAUAAUGCAGACAUCAAAGCUAGUGUUAAUUGCGACAGUUUAGUUUCCCUAUAUUUGACAUUGACUUGUUUUAUGUGAGGAAACUAGCUAUCUAUAUUAAUUACUCAACUAGGUGCUUGCUGUGUUAGAAGUCAAGCACCCACAUGGUGUCAGUCCAGCAAACAAAGGUUAUAUGUAAACAUAAGACCUAUACAUUGGUGGUGUGACAUAAACUCUGUCUCUAUCCUCAGAUAUUGUAUUGAUGGGUAUCUAUGGUCGCCAUCCACCAUUUUCAAAGCUUCACAGUCUCCAUAUCAUUUUAACAGGGUAGGAGUAACUUAUACUUAAUUAAAAGGUGAAGAGCUAUGAAAUUAAACCCUCUACAACUAAUAUAGAUCUGAUAAAGACUUUAAACUUAAUAUAUACAAAAUAACAGGGUGUUACAUAUCGUAUAAACUUACUCUCAUUUUGCUUGAUAAUGUAGUUUGUUAGAAACAUCAAACUUAAAUGAUUGCUGCCAUUUUGAACAAUGUAUUAAACAUAAUGUACCAUCAAUUAUGUAUUAUUUAUUGACUUGGGUUUACUAGUCAUGUAUGGAUGUAUUGAGACAGACAGACUAUUGUUAAUACCUGAAUUGUUUGAAUCUAUAAAAUGAUUGAACAUCAUACGACAUCUUUUUACCAUUACCAAGCUUAUUAUCUUAUUUAAAUGGAUUUGUCCAUCAAAUUUUUUGUCAUUUUAAGGGAAAUAAACAAAAUACGUACUGACUAAAUAUCAAAAAGCAGUGCAGACCAUGAUCGGAUAAGUGGAGGUGCAGGCUGAUCUUGGGCUGUAUUAGUCAACAUGGGUAGAUUUAGCCACUGCCAGCAGGAAAAAUGUUACAUGCAUCUAGAUCUUACUCAUUGUAAAAAUGAAGGUCUGUAUUUGGUUUUCUGGCCAACUUUAUAUUUUACUUCCGAACCAAUACUUAAGUUGCUCAUGAAAAAUCCAUUUCAAUUAAAUACAUAAACAGUUUACUAUGUUACAUAUACAAAUAAAGCGGCCUAUGUACAACAUUGUUGGUGAGAAAACCAGACAUACGCAUAAGUUUAUCAGAAACUAUCAGAGAAUGGUGUUUGUAUUUGAAUGCAGCACAAAUAUAGUUAAACAUCUGGGAGAAAAUACUUCAUCACACCUGUAAUUCUAUUAUUACAUAUUCAAGUCUGUCAUAAUUUUAAGGUAUUUAUAGUAAUUUUUUAAAAAUAUGAUAAAAUAUGAUUAUAUAAUUAUGACUCACUGUAGAAAUUGUGUUUCUUUAAGAAAGUUGGGGUUAACCAUGUAGCGUGUUGACUUCACAUUUAUUGUUAUCUUCCUAAAAAAGCAGAUUUUGAUCAGUGGCAAGCAAAUAAUUUGAUCCGCGUCACGACAAAACCAACAUAGUGCGUUUGCGACCAGCAUGGAUCCAGACCAGCAUGCGCAUUUGCGCAGUCUGAUCAGGAUCCAUGCUGUUCGCUUACCAACUCUAUUACAAGUAGAGAAACUGAUAGCGAACAGCAUGGAUCCUGAUCAGACUGUGCUGAUGCGAAGGCUGGUCUGGAUCCAUGCUGGUCGCAAACCCAUUAUGUUGGUUUUCUCGUGACGCGGCUCAUUUCUUUUAUAAGCACCCUUUCUUUCUUUUGAAAUUUUACAUACAAAAUCAUAUAAAGCAAUAACUUUUCAGUCAAAACUAAUUUGUUUAGGGUGAUUUUUUAAUAUAUGAUAAUUAUAUAUGUAAAUUACACAGAUAAUUUGUAUAUACAUGAUUAUAUAUAUGUGUGUAUAUACAUGAUACAAGAAUAAAGAAAUAUCUUAACAAGUCAUAUUUUGUUGUAUAAUAAAAUAAUGUAAACAUUUAGCUUUUGAUGUAUUUAUUUCAAAUCAUAGUAUUUUAUUUUUGUACUUGUAAUUUUAAUGUGUGUUAUAAAAUUAAAAAAUACCUGUGUCCAAAUAUUUACUGUAUAAUCCUUGAUGAAGGAAAACAGUAUGGUUAUGUGAUAUUUCACGUUUGAAUGUUAGAAUCUCUUAAACAAUAAUUUCUGUUACUUGAUCUUGUUGUUGUCUGCUUAUUGCAGUUUUUCUGAAAGUUUUGUAAGUUGAGAAACAAAAUGGUUUUCUCUUGUAUCACUGAUUUCUGUAAAAAAAUUAUACUUGUGCUUAGUAAUCAUGAAUCUGUUUUUUCACUGUUUAUUUCUGUGUAAAAACUGAAUAAACCAUUGGUUGAAUAGAAAUCAUAUAAAAGUGUUCAAACUACAUGUAAUUACAAUUACAAUUAGCAGUUAUGUGUUUAUAAAACAAGGUUUAGAAUAACAUUGGAUAUUUUUAUUACAAAUUAUACAUAAAGUCAUUUCAUGUACAGAAAAUGCCUUAAAAGGGAAAUUACUCAUUCACACUUAAAAUGGCAGUGACAAUAUGAUUAUAUUGUUACCUCUUUCUCUACUGAAAUUUUAAAUCAAAACACCUCACAGACAUUUUAUAUAUAUAAAUAUAUAUACAAGUCAAACUUGUUUGUAAAGAUCUGCUAUCGAGAAAAUAUUAUAAUUAUUUAGGUAGAAAGACAGUUUGUUGAAAUCAUAUCUAUUGAGCUGUGUAAAGGUGGGGAAGGGAGGAGGUGCUACCCGUUUAAGACAAGUAUUUAGGUAGAGAUGAUGUUAACUCAGCGCAGGGUUGACUGUAUUAUAUCUUUCAUUUCCUCAUAAAAGAGAAUGGUGAAACAGUUUUUCUAUAUAUAUAUGUGUGUGUAAUGCAGCUCAACAUGUUUAUUUUUUUCUUGUCUCAUGCAGAUAUGUGUAACAUAGCCAGGAAUCUUCUUUUACUAUUGAUUUUAUUGAUGUACAAAUGUGUGAAUGAGGAUCAUGGAAAGAUGUUUGGUUAUCUGCUAAUAAUUCUUGUAUUCUCCUACAUGAAAACAUGUAUCUGCCGAAGUCUUAAUAAACUAAAUAAUAUACUA